AUGAUGAAUCUUAUACUCCAAGCAAAAGGCAACGGCAUACACGAAUUAUUGCAUGAUAGUGUGGACAAAUACUGGCAGAGCGAUGGCCCUCAACCGCACACGGUGACAAUAGAAUUUCCAAGAAAAACCGACAUUUGUUUUGUUAUGAUGUAUCUGGACUUCAAAAAUGAUGAAUCUUACACUCCAAGCAAAAUAAUUGUGCAUCUUGGUUCAUCGUUGGUCCAUCUUGAUGACGGACUACCAGUUGAGUUCAAUGAACCAACAGGCUGGCAGUUGAUAGACUUGCGGUCCCGAAGGACCAAUAGACCUUCCCGAGCUAUGGUGAUCCAAUUGCAAGUAGUGCAUAAUCAUCAGAAUGGUCGGGAUACGCACAUAAGAGCGUCUUAUCCUGUUAAUUAA